UACCCACACUAAAAACCUAAAGAAAAACAGAGCAAAACAGAGCAAAAAGCACAAAACAAUGGGGGAAUUCUCAAACUCGGAAAACUCAUCGGAAUUCUCCAUGGUUUCCUGCGAGAAUUCACUCCCCUUCAAUGUCAAUGACACGGAGGAGAUGCUGCUCUUCGAAAUGCUAGCUUCGGCCUCAGCCUCAUCGGUCUCCGGUAGCACACUCUCCGGAGAGGAAGUGGACUCCGGAGGGCGAAAAACAGACCAUAAAGAGAAGAGUUACAGAGGAGUUCGCCGGAGACCAUGGGGAAAGUUUGCGGCGGAGAUAAGGGACUCGACUAGGCAUGGAAUAAGAGUCUGGUUAGGUACUUUCGAUAGUGCUGAGGCGGCGGCACUCGCAUAUGAUCAAGCUGCUUUUGCGAUGAGAGGCACGAUGGCCGUGCUCAAUUUUCCGGUGGAAAUGGUUCAAGAAUCAUUAGAACAGCUCAAGAACGGCGGUGGUAUUGAUGAUGGUGAGUGUUCGCCGGUGGUGGCUCUUAAAAGAAGGCACUCCAUGAGAAGCAAGACUGUGGGGAAGAAUAAGAAGAGUAAGGAGAGUGUCGUGGAGUUGGAGGACUUGGGAGAGGAGUACUUGGAUGAACUAUUAAGAACUUCAUUAGAGGUUAAUUGUGGUGUUAAUUGUAGCACUAAUAGUGUUCGUUGGUGAAGUAAACGAAGCGAGGUCACUCUAUCAAGGUCGAUUUGUUUGUUUUUCAUAAUUUUUUGGUUUUUAUUUGAACCUCUGUAAGUAAGGAGUUUUAUCAACUUACUUAUUAUUAAUUCUUGAGUGUAACUUCUUGUAAAGUGGGAAACUAUGAACAUGUCAUGAAGGUUUUGCUCUUCUAGUUUAUCUUCAUCUCAAGAGCAUUGUGCCUGUAAAAUAGAACCAAACAGGUGCGGGAUGGGGGAAGGUCAUUUUCUUGAUUGCUGAAUUUGUUUGGGACGUUACGUGAAAGGAUAAAAAACCUGACCAAUAAUUGAUCAGGU